GCAUGUCCGUUGCGUUCGUUGUUGCCGUUGCGUGCUUCAUUCAAUUCCACUGUUUGAGUUUUCAAAGACAAGUUUGUGUGUGAGUAAAUUCUGAGUGUUUUGCUUGCUAGGAAGAUGUCGAGCCUACAGCCUGGUGGGCAGCGGCCGCCGUCGCGCGCCUCGCACGCGUCACGCACCUCUGAGGUGUCGCGUGGAGCGCAGUCGCUCUACUCAGUGGGCUCGGUACACUCGGUGCGGUCCACGGUGAGGUCCACUGUGCCGCUCACGGCCCAGGCUGACACGUGGAAGCCGCCGGUGCUCAAGAAGGCGCUUUUCACGUCCAUCCCGAAGGCGUCCAACAUUACUGCCAUCUACUCAAUCUUGCAGGCGCUGUUCACAAUGAUGACGGCGGUGUUUGACGCCUAUGUGCUGAUCGAGGCCGAGCCCGGCAAGGACCAUUUCGGCUACUACGUCAUUUCGUUCGAGUUUGUGUACGCCGGCAACCAGCACGUGCGCAAGUGUCUGAUCACGUUCGCCGUGUUCAGUUUCCUGUUCGCGGCGGCGCUGCUCAUCAUCAGCGUUCUGCUCGUACAGGCCCUCAGAAAGGAGAGUGAGAAGGAGAUCCGUCCGUGGCUGCUUAUCAUGUUUUUCCACACCAGCUGGCGGCUGUUCGCGCUGGUAUUCGGCUCGCUGGUCAACGACCUCUACUUCGCCUACCACGGCCUCAUGUGCUUCCUCUGGUCGGUGAUGAUCCUGCUGAACGUCUACGGCUGGCUGGUCGUCUGGUCCUUCUUCAACGAGCUCACCGAGGUCUCCAAGCUGGAGGACAUCGCACACCUGAAGAUGGGCACCAUGACAUCGCUGAACCACACCCAGUACUCGCACACGCCAUCAGUGAGCAUCCAGCCGUCAUCGCGACCCAUCACCCCGCACAGCUAUGGCGGUCACAGCGCGGCCGUCUGAGACGCAGCGGUACCCCAAACCCUGUCUGGAUGGCUCCCGUUGGGCUGCCGUAACCAGCGGCCACAGUGCGGCCGUCUGAGACUUGGCGGUACCAAACCCUGUCUGGAUGGCUGCCGGUACCCCGCAUAGUGGCCACGCAACAGAGACCCAACAGUACCGAACCCUGUCUGAACUAACGGCAAUCGUCAAUCGUCACACCGUAUAGCUACUGAGCAAUAUCCCUGCGAAGCAAAACUGUAGCUUAUGCCACUGAGCAUUUGUCAUGCGAAGCAAAGCUAUGGCUGCUGCCUUCUGAUCUACGUCUACAUCGCUAGGGCCCUACGUGAGCUGAAGCGCCCGCCCAAAAAGGAACAGUGGUCUGCGUAGUUACGUCGCUAGUAACAGCUACUGGUAUUGAUCAUGUGGCUUUGGCAGAAUGGCUCAUAGCCUCGGAGUGUCGGUUAAACAUCGGUCUUCUGGGUAGCCGACUGCUGUGGAGGCGUCGGUGUAUAUGAAGUUUGUCUUUGGUGAUUAGUGAUUACUGGGACCUUGGAGAACGUUUGGGAGAUGAAGUGACCGUAUUCUGGCUGACGCUGGUGAGUACGGUAAUCAUGGUCUUGGACAUGUGGAUUUAGUCGAGGGAGAGUCGGAGACCCUUCAGUUUUGGACCGGAGUGUCCUACAACUAAAUUAUGGACGCUUUGUGUCUCCUGUUUGGCGUUGUCGUUCGUGCUGUAACUGUCAUCCGUCCAUGUUGUGAUCGUGAAACAUAUUUUUGUACAUGAGGUUUUCCUCGAGCUGUAGGAGAGAUUCUGAACGGAAAAUGGGGCAGCUGGAGUCAUCAGCUGUCUACACUAAUGGACAAUAACGAAACUUUCAUUGGUUUGAUACUUGAACUUUACGGCCGCGUAUAGUUUAUGGCAGUUGUUUAGCCAGCUUUGCUAUUUUUCAUCUGCACAUUGUUCAUUUGACACUAGCUUGAAUCAUGUAGAUCUGAAUGCAUCAUUUCCAUGCUGUCUUCUCGUUAGUUUUUGCGCAGCUUACUGUGUAUCCCCUCUAUAGUAAUAUAUUUUUAUAUGAAAUCGCUCGCACAUCGAACGGUUGGUUCUCUAAUUUUCGACUGUUCGAGCUUUUACACUUUUCUGUUGUUUAGGAUAAUGUCGUUAGAAUUUGCAUGCAUAUUGGAUCUCGAACAUCGCUCGACUUGUUCAUUUUUGCAGCUAUAGAGGUCCAAAACCACGCACAUAGUGUUAGAACUAGCAUAGCUUUGUGUUGCACCGGUGAUUUUUUCACGUUUUUACUGCCCUAGAUAGUUUCGCUGAUGUGUUGUGUAAAUAUAGUCCUAUGGUUUAGAGGUGGCAUACGAGUGUGUGCACAUCUCGCUCCGAGCAGCACUGUUAUCGUGCUAUCUCUGCUUUUUAUCUGUUAUCUGUAGCUAAUGUUCUUUUAAUUGCUGCCUGUGGCGGAGGUGGUCCUCGUUCGCAGCACUAGCCAUCGUCAUUUAUAAUCUGCCCCUGUUCGACUCGAUGGUAGGCUUACUGUAAGUUGCUGCUGUUUGGAAUUCCGGCCGUAUGCAUGCAUGUAACGGUUCUUUCCAUUGCUCUGUAAUGCGCUAGCAACCGUGCAGCUCGUCAGUACGUCAUGCCUGUUGAUGGUGUUCAAGCAUUAUCCGUCCACAUCGUAGCUCAACUGUGCAUUUUGCCGGCCGUCUUGUAACUUAGCAGUAAGCUGUGUUCGUUUUAAGCCCAGCCCCGCCUAUAGCGAAUGAAAAUUGGCUUGCGCUGAUCAAGAACGGCAUUCCUAAACAGCUCCGCUCGAGUAUCUAUGAAACUAUUCCGUCCAAGUUGAUGUGUCUGGCCUGGCCAGCAGACGUCUGUUUCGUCUGCCGUCCUCUGUCCUACCUGUUUGUUUUCUAUGUAUCGCUGACGGAGGCCCCGUACUUACUGUAUACAACGACGUCAUUCCAAUACACUGCUGAGUGUA